AUGGCAUACGAAGAUGAUGAGACCUGCGAGCUUGCCCUGAUAACUUCUACGAUUGUUGCGAGCAAAUAUUCUUAUACCAUUUCCUCGUCUGUAAUCGUCCUUGGUCUAUCUAUCUAUCUAUCUAUCUAUCUAUCUAUCUAUCUAUCUAUCUCAGUCUGUUCUUUGUCUAUCUAUCAAUCUAUCUAUAUCUGUAUAUCAUCAUCAUCUUCUUCUUCUUCAUUUAUCUAUCUAUCUAUCUAUCUAUCUAUCUAUCUAUCUAUCUAUCUAUCUAUCUAUUAUUUAAAAAAUGGAAGGCGCAAGAGACACUCUCUCUUUCUCCCAAUUGCUGUAUGUAGAUACCUCACCUUCAUCUAUCUAUCUAUCUAUCUAUCUAUCUAUCUAUCUAUCUAUCUAUCUAUCUAUCUAUUAUUUAAAAAAUGGAACAUACCUCACCUUCAUCUAUCUAUCUAUCUAUCUAUCUAUCUAUCUAUCUAUCUAUCUAUCUAUCUAUCUAUCUAUCUAUCAUGUUUAGGCAUAUGA